AAACAGAUUAACCUCACUCAAGCCAAGCCGAAAAGGGGGAACGAGCGAAAACGAGCAGGCGAAAUCUUAAUUCUUCUUCACCUUCAGAUGUCAAGCGCUUGGACAAAUAUGAGCUAUGGAUUCAUACUUAGGGAUGUAAUUGGGGAUUAGGAGAAUAAAAAGUUUGGAUGAGUUAUGUAAUUAUAGCUGGAGGUUUUGCUAACACUCCGAGAACUGACUAUGCACAAAAAUAGAGCGUUGAGGACCCCUAAUUUUAUUUUACGAAAAUGUCUGUGGAGCAUAUUGGCUUUUUUGAGCAAUUUAGAGGAUGGGGGGAAUUGUAUUUCUAUUAUUAUAGCUUUGGAGCAUUUUGGAUUGCAUGAGCAUUGGAGCUUGUGGAGCACCGCUCAUCAUGAGGAGUGCUCUCUUGUUGCUGGUUGGAGCUGUUCUUUUGGAACUGAAAAUGAGUAGCCGAUUCUCACGCAUGAUCUAUGUUGGGAACCUGCCUUUGGAUAUAAGAGAAAGUGAGGUCGAAGAUCUUUUUUACAAGUAUGGCCGCAUAUUGGACAUAGAAUUGAAGGUUCCACCUCGCCCUCCUUGUUACUGUUUUGUAGAGUUUGCAAAUUCUCGAGAUGCCGAAGAUGCCAUUAGGGGCCGUGAUGGCUAUAAUUUUGAUGGUUGCCGUCUGAGGGUUGAGCUUGCUCAUGGAGGCCGUGGACAAUCAUCCUCAGGUGAUGGUCGUGGUGACUAUGGGGGUGGUCGUGGUCGUGGCAGUGGGGGUGGACGUUUUGGCAUUUCAAAACAUUCGGAGUAUCGAGUUAUCGUCCGAGGCCUGCCAUCAUCUGCUUCUUGGCAGGAUCUGAAGGAUCACAUGCGUAAGGCGGGUGAUGUAUGUUUUGCCGAAGUUUCCCGUGAUAACAAGGGGACAUUUGGUCUUGUCGACUAUACAAACUCCGAGGACAUGAAAUAUGCUAUAAGGAAGCUUGAUGACACUGAGUUCAGAAAUCCAUGGACAAAGACCUAUAUUGAGGUAAGGAAGUAUAGUAGGAGCCCUUCAAGGAGCCGCAGCAGAAGCCGCGGCAGAAGCAGAAGUGUAAGUCGAAGCCGCAGCAGAAGCAAAAGCCGCAGCAGAAGCCGAAGUCCGCGACGCAGCAGAAGCCGAAGUCCACGACGCAGCAGAAGCAGAAGUCCUCGGCGCAGCCGAAGUAAAUCGUUGGAUCGAUCUGUUUCAAGAUCUCCUGUUAAAUCAAGAUCAGCAUCUCCCGUGAAGCCGAAAAGAGCCAGAUCAAGGUCUAGGUCGAAGUCAAGGUCCAAGUCAGCAUCACCGCGUAAGGUGCAAAGUCCCUGAACCAAUUAUAAUUUCAUCCGCCUUUUGGGUAGAUCAUGGAGCUGAGAGUUGGUAGGAGAGUUUAUUAAAAUCUGUAUCUUCAAGGAUGCUGCUGCUUAUCUUAUGAACCUGUCUUAGUGUGCAUCAGAUUGUUGGUGUUGUUUGUGUCUGCUACUUAAGAAAUUUAACCUUGCAUUUUCAACUGGACUUGUAGCAAGCAAUGUCAGACUUGUGCUUUGUAAUGCUGAAUCUCCUUGUGUUUUCGGUGCAUUUGUUUAUCAACUAUUCAAUAUUUGCAAUGGUAUCUGACUUGGAAUG